UACCCUGUGUCUCUUGUCUAACUAACCCAAGGGUCUUGGGAGGGUUGGGAGACAGGAGAAAAAAGGGGUGUCUUUUUUAUAUAUAUAAUUUCAAAUCGUAAAUUAGAUCCUAAGAGCCAAAAAAAGGGAGCUUAAAUCGAGACAAUGUCAACAUCCACAAAAGAAGCAGGUUGUGCACAAUAUGUGGGACCGUACCGGCUUGAGAAGACGCUAGGAAAAGGGCAGACAGGGCUGGUGAAGCUUGGCAUUCACUGCAUUACGGGGCAGAAGGUUGCAGUAAAGAUUGUAAACCGGGAGAAGUUGACAGAGUCCGUCCUCAUGAAGGUGGAACGAGAGAUUGCCAUCCUGAAGCUGAUCGAACACCCUCACGUACUGAAGCUCCACGACGUCUAUGAAAAUAAGAAAUAUUUGUAUUUAGUGUUGGAACACGUGUCCGGAGGGGAAUUAUUCGAUUACCUCGUCAAGAAGGGAAGAUUGACACCAAAAGAAGCUCGCAAAUUUUUCCGACAAAUUAUAUCUGCACUGGAUUUCUGUCACAGUCACUCCAUCUGCCACAGGGAUUUGAAACCGGAAAACCUUCUCCUGGAUGAAAAGAACAACAUCCGGAUUGCGGAUUUUGGGAUGGCUUCCCUCCAGGUUGGUGAUAGCCUCCUGGAGACCAGUUGUGGGUCUCCACAUUAUGCUUGUCCAGAAGUCAUCAGGGGAGAAAAGUACGAUGGCCGUCGGGCGGAUGUGUGGAGCUGUGGGGUCAUCCUCUUUGCACUUCUGGUGGGUGCGCUGCCUUUCGAUGACGACAACCUCCGGCAGCUCCUGGAGAAGGUGAAGCGAGGGGUCUUCCACAUGCCUCACUUCAUCCCCCCCGACUGCCAGAGCCUCCUGCGGGGCAUGAUCGAGGUGGAUGCAGAGAAACGGCUGUCGCUGGAACAGAUCCAGAAGCACUCCUGGUAUCAAGGAGGCAGGAACGAGCCGGAACCGGAGCAGCCAAUAGCUCGGAAAGUGAUGAUCUGUCGGCUCCAGUCGGUGAGCGACAUCGACCCGGACGUCCUGGACAGCAUGAACUCCCUCGGUUGCUUUCGGGACAAGAACAAACUGAAGCAGGACCUCCUGUUUGAGGAGGAAAAUCAGGAGAAAAUGAUCUACUUCCUGUUGCUGGAUCGGAAAGAGCGGUAUCCAAGCUGUGAAGAUGAGGACUUGCCGCCACACAAUGACAUUGACCCUCCAAGGAAGCGGGUCGACUCGCCCAUGCUGAACCGGCACGGCAAGCGCCGGCCUGAGAGGAAAUCGAUGGAGGUUCUGAGCGUGACGGACGGCGGAUCUCCAGUACCCGCACGCCGCGCCGUCGAUGUGGCCCAGCACAGCCAGCGGUCUCGCUCGGUCAGUGGAGCAUCCUGCGGUCUGUCUUCCAGCCCACUCAGCAGCCCCAGGCCCAUCCGUAAGUUCUCUGUCCCUCCUCAGAGCCCCGUCUUUAGCUUCUCGCCCGCCUCACCCGAACGUGACGCUUGUGCGGACUUCUGUCACCAGCCCGGCACCGUGUGGCAAUCGAAACUCGCGCACCAUCACCACCACCGCCAGCCUGACCCCAAGACACAAACGCUGCCAGCCAAGGCCAGCCUGAGUGAGAAGCCACUGCAGCCGAUCAGAUCCAACCCUCUUCCCAUCAACCUUGCAGCAACCUCUCCUUCCCCCAACCCCCAGAGCCACCACCCCGUUCCAUCAUCCCCCCACCACUCCAUCCCUUCACCCCCCUUCAUUCCUUCUGGCCCUGCUCGGUUUUUCCCAAGUACUAAAACCAGCGCCAAAUCUAUCCCUGCCACACAGGUGACCCCUCACCCCUCCCCUAGAGGCAGCCCCCUCCCUACCCCGCUGGGAACCCCCGUCCACACGCCAAAGGAGAGCCCCAGCAGCACACCCAACGCCACGCCGCCCUCCAGCCCCGGGGUCGGAGGAGUGCCCUGGAGGACUCGCCUCAACUCCAUCAAGAACAGUUUCCUCGGCUCACCGCGGUUCCAUCGGAGGAAGCUACAAGUACCAACGGAGGAAAUGUCGAGCCUAACGCCAGAAUCAUCUCCAGAACUUGCUAAGAAGUCAUGGUUUGGAAACUUUAUUAAUUUGGACAAAGAGGAACAGAUAUUUGUUGUCAUCAGGGAUAAACCUCUGAGCUCCAUCAAAGCAGACAUUGUUCACGCCUUCCUCUCGAUUCCCAGUUUGAGUCACAGCGUUAUAUCACAGACGAGUUUCCGUGCAGAGUACAAAUCAGUAGGGGGACCGACUGUCUUCCAGAAACCGGUGAAAUUCCAGGUGGACAUCACGUAUGCAGAAGGGACUGAGGCACAGAAAGAGAAUGGGAUUUAUUCCGUCACUUUCACAUUAAUGUCAGGACCCAGCCGCAGGUUUAAAAGGGUUGUGGAAACAAUUCAAGCACAGUUGUUAAGUGCACAUGAUCAGCCUUUGGUUCAAGCGCUUGCAGAUGAGAAAAACGGGCAGUUUAGCCACCCUUCAGGGACACCAAUCCGAGGAGCCCAGAGCAUGCCCAGGGCAUGGAACGAUUCCGAGUCUGUGGAGCACUUCAGGCGAGGAGAUUCCAAGCACUCGUCCUCCUUGAAAGAGAAACCCAAGCUCUUAUCCACCAAUGGCACCCAAAGUCAACCGUAAACUCAUCUAGCAAAAAUCUGACAAACUGAUUUGAAAAAAGGAGACAUCUCAUGUUGUCUUUGCGAGGAUGUAAAUAUCUUUAAACAAGAAGAGAAAUGGAGCUGGAUACGACCUCUAUAGUCCCAUUUCAUCUCAUUGUAUGGGCCACCACUUUGGGGAUGGGACCCACACAUUCUGAGUUGAUGCACCCAUUACAUUCAAGUCUGCUUCAGGAAAUUACGGGACUGGUUUCCACGCCAGGAUAAUGUGGGAUUGAGGGUCACGUUGCCCUGGAAACCUACCCUCCCCCACUUCUCUUCCUCUAUUCCCGUCAGGGAGGGAUAGCUGCUCAUGCAAUUUGGCCACAAAAUUUAGCAGAAUCCUCUUCCUCUGUGCAUCUAACUUGUUGCAGCCACGUGGGACAAGUCAAAGGGAAGGCAAGUACGCUUCUGUUCUUUGCCACUUCAUUGGCAACACUGCGCAGAACCAGUCCUGUUUUAUGCAAACACUGCCUGUCCUGGCUGAGCACAGGAGGCUUCCGUAGCGACGUACAGGAGCCUAGGCCCCUGAAGCAAGCACAAACCAUCAAUUGUACUGUUAAGCGAAUGGCUUCAAAAGGGCAAGGAAACAAAACUCAGCUGCUGUUUUGAAAACUCUUGAGACAUUUCACAUUUCCAGUGUUAACCACCUUCUCAAUCCCUUGCCCCAUGGUUGUAGAGAAACCCACUUUCAGAUGUUGUGUUUUAAUUCCAGAAGGAUUUUUUUUGUUACUUUCUGCUACGCAUCUGACACCGCUGUGGAUGAAGCUUCCUAUUAAGAGUGGUCCCGGGGGAACCAGAGAGGAGCUCUGCAUUCUAGAUAGCAAUUCCAAGCUAACCUCUGACCUGCAUUUUAGAGCAGAACCCGACUCCCUGGGUUGGAAAAGUCUGACUCUGGUGCACCUGUUGGAAAUACAGACCACUCAGCCUCUCAAACCAUGAUUGGGUGGAAUAGCAGAGCAGUCCUACCCUGGUUCCAAGAGGCUCUUUGUUCCCCCCCACAGCUUCCCCUUCAAGUCACAGGGGUACAACACAAGAGAAAGAAGUAGGCAAGAUCAUGGCAAAAGACACUAACAUGACAUGGGACAGGUGGGUUAAGUUUAGCUUUUCCACUAACAGUUGCUGUGUUUUACACUCCAAUCGAUUUCCCUCUUCACUAAAUUCAAGGCACAAACUAUUAAAGUUGCUAAAACAGAAACAGUGAUGAAGGGAAGGGAUCUGGGCUAAAGAUGAAGCAGACACGUGGAACUCGGAACUAGUCACUCCUGACUUGGUCUAUCUGCCUCUGGCUCAGACAGCUCCAGAAACAGUCAACAUUCAGAUAGCGGCAAGAACAGCAACAUAAUUUGAUAAGCCGAGAGAUCCUGGUCCAUUAUUUCAUAACUAUUUGUAAUCAACGUGGAUUGCAAAGGCUUUGUCACAAGAAAUCUCCACCCCAGACAAAAUUAGCUGUUACCAUUGCAACUUGUGGUAAAGAUAUCUUGGUACAAUCCUUCUGUUCAAUACCAAGUAGGGUUUACAGAUGGAAUACAAACCCAUCGGAAAAAUUUAUACCAGUUGAAAGUUGUUCAACACUCCCCCCAUGUUGCAAUUCCUUCCCACACUCACUCAAAGGUGCUGACCCUUGCUGGGAGCACGAUACAUAAUCUGCAUGUAGAGCACAAAUUCAUCCCCACCCCUCCAACCUCAAUCUGACACUGCCUGCAUUGUCUUGAAAGGUGAGGGGUGGGGGAAGGUAGUAGAUCACUGGGACAUCUACCAAGAGGAUUUCCUCCAAUCACAGACCCAGAUUUCCCAACUAAGAUUGACUGCUCACAGAAAUUAGAUGUUGGAAGAGACCAGAGAGGCAGAGUUUGUGACACAACUUUGAAAUUCCCUGGGUUUCUCUGAAUCACUCCAGUGUUUUGUGUUGGAAGCUAAUUAGUUCAUGCUCCAAUGCAAAGGUAACAGCUCAUAAAUGAAUCCCUGAGGAAGGCUAUUCAGCCCAUCAAUCCCUAGUCACUUUUCAUCCCACCACUGCCUUGUGAAUGUGCCUCCUUUAAGAAAGUGAAUGGUCUGGUUUGGGUGAUGGAGGUGUUGGACCUUGAUUUGCUCCAUAGCUCCCUCCCCUACCCCACACCGCCAACCAUUCCUUCCCUCUUGUGUUUUUCCUCUAUUGGCAAAGACUGGGGUAUCUGGCUAUUGGAUCGAAGGAAAGAAACUGUGCACAGUGCCAAUAGCAAGCCACACCCACCCCCCUCAAAAAAAAUUUAACAGCAACACAGUUGGCAUGGAAAUUGGGCUGAGUAAGGGGAUGAGUUAUGCACCUGACAGUGGAAGAUUAAAUGCAAGGCCGGACAAACAAAGCAUUUAGUCUUCCUUGUGUGAAUCUGCCACCAAUAUUUUUUUCUUUAAUACUCCUUCCUGGUUAUAGUUCUGUACGUUGAACGCCUGUAUGUACACAAUGUCCAAGUGUGUGUGUAUUUUUUUAAGUUAAUAAUAUGCAGUAAAGCUGAAUAUGCUGUACCAUCUGUUUCAGAGGUUAUUAUACAGCACAGCACUCAAAGAAUUAAUAGUUUGCUCCAGAUGACUUUAAAAGCAGCAGGAUGCUUACAUGUAAAGUGGGCUUUUCUCCCCGCCCACCACAAUUUUUUUCUUUGAUUCCAUCACUAUAAUACUUCAUCAACUGAACAAACCUGUAAAUUUGUAU